CCUUCUAAAAUAAAAAUGCUGGUUGCAUCAGAUCCGAAAUACCCCUUAUGUUGUUCCACCAAACUACAGAAAAUAAAAACAAACGUCCAUUGUUCAAAGAAAAAUUAAUUAAAUUUGACUUUUAUUCCUCAGUCAUGAGCUUGGCAACACUCUUGUUUUCGAAUAAUACAAUUUCGUGCAGGUGCUGAAUGCUAUCAUCGCCUUCUAUAAUUUCCGAAUUCGUGUAUCAAAGUCCAACUUCUUGCUACGAUCUUCGUAACUUCGUAUUCGUAUAAAAUUAUGGCAAGUUAAUUAAUAACCAAAAUUAGGACUACUAAUUGCAAAAACCUUCCACAAAUGACACACCAAUAGCAAAUGCAUUAAUUUUAAUUACCAACACCAAUGUGGAGUGAUAUAAAUUUAUAAUCUAUUUUUUCUUGUACUGAAACUGCGUUAGAAUUCAUCCCCAAAUACGACUUGUUGUUUUUCUUUUUGAAAGGAAAAUUAACAAUUUUCGAAAAUAUGACACACACUUCCCUCUCCCGCUUCUGUACUUUCGAAAAUGGUUGACAAGGAAACCGAAACAAAUGCGAAUAGCGAAAGCGAAUCACCAACAGAAACAGAAACAGCACGAAAAACUCAAAACGACAGCGACAGCGACACAAAAUUAAAAAAGAAAAAUUAAAUAUCGAAUUCUAAUUUGUGUGUUGCGACGUGCGUGUUUACGUGUGUGUCAUUUUGAAGUUUGACUUUUGAUAGUGUUUGUUUGAUAUUCACUAUCUCGCUCUUUCAUAUUAGAAUUAGAGAAGAGAUUCAUUUUUACUUUUUGGGCGAAAAACAGGAACAUCGAUUCGAUGAGAAAAACUUGCAAUUUAUUAAUUCAAUUUCUGCGUUAAUUUGUACAAAUUAUUAAAAAUAAUUACCAUAAAACUGUAAUUGCAAGUCUCUGAUAGCCGAGUAGAGUAAAAUUUCAUUGUUAACACUCAAUCAUUAGUCGCAUUAUGCGACUAAAGCCAACAUGAAGCAAACUUUUUGUCGAAAGACUUAAAUUCUUUUGCCAGGAGCGUGUUAAGGUUAGGUGCUGUGCUGUGCUUUGCUGGUGUUGGGGGUACUUUUUGACAUUUUGCUUUGGUUUGGCAAUUUUCGCGGAUUUUUUUGUUGUUGUUGUCAGGAGGGUACCUGUCCCCCUAAUAAAUAUUAGCGAUCGACAGCAGGCAGGCUCUAUCAGCAGCUCUAUUUAGAUGAACGGCAGUGGUCUUAUGGAGCUGCAUAGCCGCUCUAUGGCGCAUUCGAGCGGCGGUAGUGGUGGUGGAUCGGGUGGAGGUGUUCCUGGUCCUAUGCCACCAGCAGCAGCAGUUGGCAUCGGUAGUGGUUCUAAGAUUUCCAAAAACUUCAAAAUGCUAUCCGAUCCUACGCUUACCAAAGGUGCAAUCAAAUUAUAUCGAUAUGAUGGGGUUGUUCCGAAUGAUCCCACCUAUCCAACUGUUAUUCCUCGGGAUCCGCGCAAUCCGAUGUUGCGUAUUCGUGGAAGACCUCUCGAACCUUUGGUAUUGACAGUUCCAAGAUUGAAGAUUGAUCAAUAUUAUGUUGGAGAACCACCAGCCAUCGAGAUAACUAUAACAAAUCUAAAUGACAACAUCGAUAAGCAAUUUCUUUCGGGAAUGUUGGAUAAGUGUGGUCCGUAUGACGAGAUAACAAUUUAUCAUCAUCCGACAAAUAACAAACAUUUGGGGUUGGCACGGAUUGUUUUCGAAAAUGUUAAGGCGUCAAGAAUUUGCAUUGAAAAAUACAACCAGAAGUCAGUUAUGGGAAAGAUUCUUAGUGUUUUUUACGAUCCUUUCGGUACAAUUUGUAAAAAAUCCAUAGAAUCAUUGACGAACAAAAACAAAACAGCACAACCACCUGUUCCGCCACUUCCCACAGCUGUAGCUCAACCUCCCCUACCAACUGGUUUAGGAUCACAUCCGCAACCACCACCACUUCCACCGACACACCAUCCAUCGGGGGAAUAUCUUCAGGAAUACUCCAAAGAUGCUCUAGAUCCGGUUUCGUCGUCCACAAGCAGUGCAUAUUAUCGCACCGAUCGAGAGUACGAUCAUUAUUCUUCACAUACCAGUCGCGAUCGGUACCCGGAAGAUGAUCGUCUGCGGGAGAAGGAACGAGGACGUGAUCGUGAUCGUGAUAAGUACUAUGACAAGAAAGAAGGUCGACAUGAUAAGGAUCGUAAGCAUCACCAUCAUCACCAUCACAAGCGAGAUCGUUCAAAAGACCGCAGCAAAGAGCAUCGUCGUGAUCGGGAUAGAGACCGAGAUCGGGAUCGCGAUCGUGAUAGAGAUCGAACCCGCGACAUUUCAAGGGACUUGGAUCGCAAAGAUCGCGAUAGGAGCAAGUACAGCAGCAGCAGCCGUUACUCGAGCAGGAGCGAAAGAAUCGAUUAUGAUGAGUUAUCGAAAUCGUCGGUGACGACUGGUCACUCGCUGCCAUCUCAUAGCAAUCAUUUGUAUGCGUCCCCAGUGAGCAGUUAUGCACUCCCAGCAGGAGUCGGAGGUUAUGGCUAUCACCAUGCGCCUCCGCUGCCGCAUGCUUCUUACCAUGCCUACCCACCAGUGCCGCCCCAGCAAAGCAGUUGGACUUCAGCUGCUGGUGGAAGAUCGUGGUCGGCACAGGCACCUCCUGUUCCGCCACCACCACCGCCUCCGCCACCGCCAGAGGCUAGUCCAAACUGGGAUGAACCAGAGGAAGACACACCCGCUCCGAAAGAGGAUUGGCCUAAGGAUGCACAGCACAAGUCUUUAUCAUCCGCAUCCAACGAUGAGGAAUCAUUAUCGAAAUCCAAAAAAAGUCAAGACCCAGUUGAAAAGGCUGCCGGUGCAUCAGAAGUUGAUCACACUAAUGUUGACUUAGACACAAGAAUUGCGAUGAUGUUCAAGGGCAAGUCCUUUGGUAAUGCACCGCCGUUCCUCCAAAUGGAGAGCAGUGAUUCUGAACACGAAAAGGAUAAGAGCAGAGAAGAGGGAGAAAUUACUCUCGACUCGGAUCAUAAGGUUGAUAGCGGGAAGUCCAAAAAGUCCAAGUCCAAAAAGAACAAACACAAGGAGAAAGUCGAAAAAGUCGUGCACGCUGAACACAACGCUAGCGAUAUUUCCUCCAGCGAUGACGAUAUAUUGCUAAAGAAAGAAGCCAAUAGUCCAGUUCGGGCGACGAAAAAAGACGAUGAUCGUAUGUCGCUUUCUAGCUUGUCCUCCCACGAAGGUAAACUUGAAGAAGAACCACCUCCACCUUUGCAGCCACCGCUGCCACCUAACAAUCCUCCAGACGAUCCAGCAUACCCACCAAUGCCUGGCUCAUCAUAUGUCUAUCCAGGAACAGCUGGCACAGCAUAUGGAUACGGAUAUAACACCGAUGGCUACCCGCAGUACCAACAACACGCGCAGUAUUUCCCUCAUCCAGCGUACAUGCAGUCCUACAUGCCUGGAUUCCCGCAUCUUUUGCCUCACGAAGCAGCUUACGUCGGCACAACUGAUCCCUACUACGACCCCUAUAAGUACGAGUACAGAGAAGCUGCCUACAACUAUGACGAUCCCUAUAAACAGUCCAUAAAGGAAGUUGUAGAUCGGGUUAGUGAAGAACUCAAGCAGAUUCUCAAAAGGGAUUUCAACAAGAAAAUGAUAGAGAACACUGCAUACAAAAGCUUCGAGGCCUGGUGGGAUGAACAGGGUCGAAAAAAGAACAAAAAAGAAGAUGCUGUUGUUGAGACAGCACCCGGCGCCUGCAUUAAGCCCUUGGAGAAGGCUCCAGACAUAAAUGCACUGAUAAAUAGCAACCGUGACAAUCUGGACUUCAACAACUACACAAGUCUGGGACUAAGGGCGGCUAUUCCUAAAAUGCCAUCUUUCCGAAGAAUACGAAAACGAGCGCCUAGUCCAAUUGCCAAGGACAUAGACGAAACCGAGAAGCAUUUGAGCGACCAAGAGGAAAUGGUGCAGGGUUCUGAUGAGGAAGAAGAGAACGUCAAUACCGUCUCGUACAACCGUCGAUCGGCUGUGGAGGAGCGUGGAGCGGGUACUGUUGCAGGCAGAGAGGCCGCCGUCCGAACAAAACGCAAAGGAAGCUCUUCAAGUUUCUUCUCUACAAGUGACGAGGACGACGAAGAUGAGGAUGCAGAGGACGAAGAAGAUGAUGACGAUAGUGACGACGAUGACAAUGCAAGUACUGCCUCAGAACUGAGUUCAGUCUCAGAUUUAGAUUUAAAGAAAAUUAACCUCAAAAAAGAAAAUCACCUCUACUCGGGGACGGACGAGGAACGACAGCGCAAGCGUAAAGUCGAGAUAUAUUCAGACUCUGAAGAUGAGAAAACCAAACCGAAUAAAUCAGCAACUGCUGCUGUCGUCAAUAGGAUGGCCUUCUCGUCUGAUUUAGAGGAAAUAAGUAUGAGUCCACCGCCGGAUGCGCCGCCCACUCCAGGUGGCCAGGAAGAACCUGAAGCGGAUGAAGUUGAAGACAUAAAAAAAUCCCCCGAAAAACAGAAGGAGGUCAAAAAGUCCAUCUUUGACUAUGAUAGAAUUUACAGUGAUUCAGAUGAGGAGCGAGAAUACCAAGAAAAGAGAAGACGAAACACCGAGUACAUGGCUCAGAUCGAGAGGGAGUUUCUGGAGGAACGAGACCGGAAAGCUCGCGAAGAAAAGGAGGCCAUUCCUGUUGUUGAGAAGCCAGCGACGGUCAGCGAGCCUACAAACUCGAAGUUGUCAGUGGUUAUUCCUCAUUCGAAUAGUCUCGAUGUUCCUCAGACGCCUGACAUAACCAAGGUACCCCCCACGCCUGGUGUGACUCUGACUUCCGAACUGAUUAAGAAGAAAGAAACAAAGGAGAAACCUUCAAAAGCGAAGAAAACGGAGAAGACUCCACCAAAACCGAAGACUGAAACGAAAAAGACCAAGGAAUCGAAGGCAAAGAAGGCCCAACCCGUCCAAACGGUGGUACCUAAGCCUUCAAGCGAAGCAGCUCCCAUCGUACAAGCAGAACCUGCUAAGCUGCCGCCCACCGAAGAAAAGAAGAAGACAAUCAAUGGAUUUAUUGCCCAGGAAGCCGAUGAAGAUAAUAGUAUUCCAGAUGCGGUUAAGAUGUCGCCAACAUCAUCCGAUGGUGGAUCUAGUCAAGCGAGCCAAGCUAGUCAAGUUGCAUUGGAACACUGUUAUUCACUUCCUCCCAAAUCAGAUGAGAACGAUGUCAAGUCGAAAUCAUCAGACUCCAAUACACAAAACAACUACCUGGCCCACGAUCACGGAUAUACCUCGCAUCCGGUUGUGAAGAAAUCCGAGGCGGGGACUGAAGUUGAAGCUGUUAAUUCUAGUGCUCCAGUUAAAUAUGGUCCUGGUCGACCGAGGAAAGAUUCAGUUCGAGCACAAAAGAAGAAGGACGAAGAUAAACAGGUUUCUGAGAAACCUUCAAAGAAGGCAGCAAAAGAAACCGAAAUUGUGCCAUGGAAGACGACUACCUCGGCGGCUCUUGCGCUGGAACGCAGUACAUUUGUAUCGACAGAGAUGUUUAGCCUAAGAGAUGCUACCCAAGAGAUGAUGCUGCUCUAUGAGUUUCUUACCCGAGGCAUUGAUGCCGAAGAUGCCAACUACAUUCGAAGGAGCUACGAACAACAUUUGCAAGAAGAUCGCUAUGGUUUUUGGCUUAACAAUACCCAUUGGGUAGACCAUUGUGUGACAGAUCGUUCCUUAGUGCCGCCACCAUCCAAAAAACGCAAAAAGGAAGACGAAUUGAAGAAACAUCAAACUGGAUGUGCUCGCACCGAAGGCUACUACAAACUUGACGUCAAAGACAAAGCCAAGUACAAAUAUCAUCAUGCCAAAGCAAAUGCCACCAAUCAAUCCAAAUACGAUUUGGAAGAUCAAGCGCAAGCACAAUCUAAGGUUGUAUCUAAAAUGCAAGGUAUCUCCCGUGAGGCACGUUCCAAUCAACGACGUUUGCUUACGGCUUUCGCCUCCAUUGGUGAAUCUGAAUUACUCAAAUUCAAUCAAUUGAAAUUCCGCAAGAAACAAUUGAAAUUCGCCAAAUCCGCAAUUCACGAUUGGGGUCUGUUUGCUAUGGAACCAAUAGCAGCCGAUGAGAUGGUCAUUGAGUAUGUGGGGCAAAUGAUUCGGCCAAUUGUGGCCGAUUUGCGUGAGACAAAGUACGAAGCUAUUGGAAUUGGUAGUUCGUAUUUGUUCCGAAUUGAUUUAGAAACUAUUAUUGAUGCCACAAAGUGUGGAAAUUUAGCGCGAUUUAUCAAUCAUAGUUGUAAUCCAAAUUGUUAUGCAAAGGUGAUAACAAUCGAAUCAGAAAAGAAAAUAGUCAUCUAUUCAAAGCAACCGAUCGGUGUUAAUGAGGAAAUAACUUACGACUACAAGUUUCCGCUGGAAGACGAAAAGAUUCCUUGUUUGUGUGGAGCUCAAGGAUGUCGAGGAACGCUCAAUUAAUCUGGACAUAUUAUUUUUUUAUUUUUCUUUUUUUGUAAAAAUAUUGUUUUCUUUCUUCUUUCUUCUUGCUUUUAAAUUUCUUUUUCUUCUUCUUUUUAUUGUUUUUUUUUUUUUUUUUUGUAUCACUUUCAUUUUCACGACUUCUUUUUGUAUCGGUUUUUCUUUUUUAUAUAUGCACCCUUCUUCCAGAAUUAACAUCGUCAUAUGUUAAUAUAAUUUAAAACAAAAGAAAAUAUUAUUAUAGUUUUAUAAACGUAAGAUUCCUUUUUUUUAUAACAUAAAUAUAAAAUAUGAUAAUUAUAAAUUAGUAAAUUUUGUGUAAAUGUGUAAUGCAAAACAAUUUAAUUCUAAAAGAAACAAAAGUGAGAAAAAUGAUAAACAACGUAAAAAACGUUAAAUUGUGAAAUUUUAAUAAAAACAAAAAUAACAAAACAAACAAAUAAAACACUGAUAUUGAUGCACUGAUCAUUUUUGUUAAAAAACCAGGGCAACAAGAGGGGAGGGGAAAUGGAAGUGUCAUUAUUUUCUUUUUUCUCAUGCAUUAAAUUGUCUAAGCUUAAGAAUUCAAUGUAAAUAUUUGUACAAAACAAAACAAGAAUAUAUAAGUAAAAAAAAGUAAUAAUACUUUAAUAAUAAUUUGUAAGUUGUAAGGCUAAGGAUGCCGGCAGAAACUAUCUAGAGAUCAUCCUCAUUAAUUUCUCCAUCAGAGUGGACAUUUAUUUAACUGUAAAUAUUUUUAAAAACUAUGACGCAUAAAUUGUGUUUUAAAACUCGUACUCUUUUAUUUAAUAAAACAAACAAAAAAAAACAUACAAACUUGGUAAAAAUA